AUGGAGGAGGAGAAGAGGCGAUAUCUGGGCAGCCAGCGGUGGAAUAGGCUGGAGGAGCGGCUGUUUGAGAUUCUGUUCCUGCGACAGGAGAUUCCGCUCUUGCCGCUGCACUGGGAGGUUGACUUUCGAGGUGUUCCUGUUUCGGGGGAUUUGUUCUGUUGGAGAGAGGGGGUGAAGCCGAUUGUGUAUGCGCACACGAGUGGACUGGGCGGAUUUCGAGCAACUUCGGCGCUGACACGACUCAUCGACCUCACUGCCAACGUCCGCACGAACUGCCAGUCGGGUCUUCGACGAAAGGUGCCCCAAAUGAUUAAGAAAGCCUUAACUAACUACCUCAGCUGGGCUGCUGAGGACGGAGGCUACAGCCAUCUAAAGUACAUCCCAAACACCACAGUCGAGGUCGUCGAUAGGAACGGCGAAGGGUCUACGUUGGCGGCCUUUAUCGAGACACGCAUGAGGGAGCUAGCACAAGCACACCGAGAGCUGCUCGCCAUCAAGCCAGAGCAGGGAACUUAUUCAACUGACAUGGAUCCAGAAUCUCAUGGAGAAACAUCCGUCAUUAACAGCGGGGAUGAUGAGCCCAACAACCACGCAAAGAGUAGAGUAUACGUUAAGCGAGAGAAAGAAGAGGAAGCAAACGAAAUCGCAAUCAAACGGGAACUGUUUGACGGUUCAGACGACGACAUCACAAUGGCAGACAUCCCCAUGGCUUCAACAACAACGCUCCACUCACCAGCCCCUCCAACAUCAUACAUUCGUCCGCCGCCCGUCGUGUUCGGCUUCUUUAUAGUUGCCACUUCUGUCAUUUUACUCACCGCCGACGCUUCAAAAGAAGACGCCGACAUGAUUAUCAACUUUCACGUAGAUAUGGACUUCCAGAAUCGCAGCCUGGGCGUGUGGAAUGCCUUGACGGUGGCGAUUGCGACGUGUCUUGCGAGGGACGACAUGAUGAAGAGGAUGGGGGAUUUUGAGGAGGAGGGGGUUGUUGAGGAGAGUGAUCCGGAUGCUUGAUUUUCUGAUU